AACUAAAACGAAAGCAAACAACUCGAUAACCAAAAGCUAUAAAUCAUCAACACAAAGUACAUACACACACCCACACGUACAUAGAUGCAAAUCAAAAUGGGUCCGCUACUCUUGGCACGACUGGCGAUGACAUCGCACGGGCCGCCAAGCAUUCUGGAACCGCUCGCACCCUCAUUUCGGACAACGACCACAACGACGACGACCACAACCACCACCACAACAACAGCGGCGACGCCAACUACAACAUUAGCGCCAUCAUUCUUCACCACGAUGUUAGACAAUGUCACAACCGUUAUCAUUUUAGAUAAUGAAUUAGCACAAAAUCAAACAAAUGCCACCUCGGUAAUGUUCGGACCGAAAGCAGCAUCCUACUCAAUCACUUCGAUCGUGUUCAUGAGCCUAAUUGCCGCCAUACUCAGUUUGCUCACGGUGACGGGCAAUGUAAUGGUGAUGAUCUCAUUUAAAAUCGAUAAGAAUCUACAAACAAUCAGCAACUACUAUCUCUUCUCAUUGGCCAUGGCCGAUUUUACAGUCGGCUUGAUAUCGAUGCCGCUCUUUACGGUGAACAUGAUUUUGGGCUAUUGGCCAUUGGGUCCACAUAUCUGCGAUGCUUGGCUAGCAUUGGAUUACCUGGCAUCGAAUGCGUCGGUGCUGAAUUUACUCAUCAUCAGUUUCGAUCGAUAUUUCAGUGUGACGCGACCGUUGACAUAUCGCGCCAAACGUACGACCACACGUGCGGCCACCAUGAUCGCCUGUGCAUGGGGCAUUAGUUUGGUGUUGUGGCCACCGUGGAUUUACAGUUGGCCCUAUAUUGAGGGUAAACGCACGGUACCGCAAUAUGAGUGUUAUAUACAAUUUAUCGAGACCAAUCAGUAUAUUACAUUCGGCACCGCAUUGGCUGCAUUCUAUGUGCCCGUGAUGAUAAUGUGUUUCCUCUAUUAUCGCAUUUGGCGGGAGACGAAGAAACGUCAAAAGGAUUUGCCGAAUUUGCAAGCCGGCAAAAAGGAUUCGUCAAAGCGUUCGAACUCGAGCGACGAGAAUACCGCCGUAAAUGUGAAUCACACGGCCGUGCUGCCCUUGGGUAAAGCAGUUGACGGUCAGGACAACUGGCGGCGUCCUAGAUCUGAGUCGUCGGCCGACGCUGAGAGUGUUUAUAUGACAAAUAUGGUUAUCGAUUCGGGUUAUCAGGGGCUGCAUUCGCGGAAAUCAAGUAUCAAAAGCACCAAUACACUCAAAAAACCUUAUUCAUGCUUUGGCGGCGUCAAGGAAUGGUGCAUUGCGUGGUGGCAUUCCGGGCGUGAAGACUCCGAUGACUUCCCCUAUGAACAGGAGGAGCACUCGGAUUAUGGCUGCCCUUCGGUGAGCGUGGUACGCGAUAACUAUUCAUUGGGUGGCAGCGCCUGCGGCGUACGGCCACCAAGCAUACUACUACCGGACGUCUCGCCUACACCAUUGCGCCCCACUAUGACAUCACUCUCCCAACUACAAGAGAUCUCCUCAGCAUCGGGUGCACGCGACUCACGUUCGCUACCAGGCAAUAAUCGUAUCUCCUCACGUUCGGUAAGUCAGGAUUCAGUUUAUACAAUACUAAUACGACUACCCUCCGACGGUGCCAGCGCCACAAAUGGACCCGAAGCACCAUCAAUCAAAAUGAUACACGAAGACGUAUCAAUGCCGAUCAUAAAUGCGGCAGCACCGACAGCGGCUAGUGCACCGCCACCCGUACGGCGACCACUAUCAUCGAGGGAUUCCGAAUAUAGUUUACCAUUGGCACGACGUAUGUCGCAUGCAUCACACGAUGUACGUAUACCGUUAAAUGCGAAAGUAAUACCCAAACAAUUGGGUAAAAAUAUGCUCGGCCAAGCGCGUACGGGUGGUAAGAAAAAGAAGAAAUCACAAGAAAAACGUCAAGAAUCCAAAGCGGCAAAGACCCUCUCGGCCAUUCUGCUGAGUUUCAUUAUUACUUGGACGCCAUACAAUAUACUGGUGCUAAUCAAACCACUCACCACCUGCUCCGAUUGUAUACCCAAUGAGUUGUGGCAAUUUUUCUAUGCACUCUGCUACAUCAACUCAACCAUCAAUCCGGUGUGUUAUGCACUCUGCAAUGCAUCCUUUCGUAGAACGUAUAUAAGGAUACUCACCUGCAAGUGGCAUACACGCAAUAGGGAGGGGAUGACGCGUGGGGUGUAUAACUGAGUAAGGCCUACAGAGGGGACGAUGAUGCGUCGCCGAGAGGGUAAUGCGGGCCUCUUUGAAUUGAAACAAAAUCCCAAUACAAAAUUUAAAACAUAAUAACGGUAAAGGUGUGAGCCGAGCUGAAGUAACGUGAAGUGUGGUGAGUUUAUGAAAAGUACGCGACAAGAUGAAGUGCUGUAGGAAAGUAGAGAGUAGGACGCUCUAGGAAGAAGAAUGAAGAAUAAAGGCGAAUGGAAGAUUUUGUGCUAAUUGGGUGGGUAAGGGUUAAGUUUAUUGUAUAGUUAUAGUAUUUAUUAGCAGUUUAUAUUGUAUGUUUCAAUAAUGUGGUUUAGGUAUUGUCUUUACAUAUAUAUAUACAUACAUACAAA